AUGCGGGAGACGUACCCGGGGCACUAUCGCGCGCUGGUGGAUCUGAGAGGGGACGAGGAGACGCACAGCGCGGAGACGUCGGGGCAGAUUGAUAAGGAUUUGCCGCGCGUCGGCGGCGCGUUUCGAAACGCGUUGGAUCUGAGCGAGCCGGGAACGAAGGAUUGGAACGCGCUGAAGCGAGUGCUGCUGGCGUUCGUGUCGCACGAACCGGAGAUCGGGUACGUGCAGUCGAUGCACUCGAUCGCGGCGUUUUUGUUGCUGGCGGGAUUGGACGAGGAGGACGCGUUUUGGUGCCUGGUGCAGCUGGUGGGGGAAAUCGUGCCGGGGUACUUUUCGGAAGGGAUGACGGCGGCGAAACUCGAUCAGAGGGUGUUUAUGAGGAUAUUGCGCGAGCGUUUGCCGAGCGUUGGCUUGCACGUGGGGGCGCUGGGGCCGGAUGAUAUCAUCGCGGCCAUCAUGAGCGGGCAGUGGUUGCUCACGCUCUUCGUCAACGUGUUACCGACGCGAGCGACGAUGGAGGUGUGGGAUGAGAUGUUUAGGCACCGACACCGCGCGCCGCUAUUUGCGGCGUGCGUCGCGCUGCUCGAACGGAACGCGCAGGCAAUUUUAGCGACCACGGAGAUGGGCGAGGCGAUCGAGCUGCUGCAACGAUGCAGCGAGAGUUUGCGCCGAGCGCCGGCAAGCGAAGGCGAGGGCGACGCGUGCGAUGAGGCGGAGUGCGACGCGUUUCUAGCGCGAGUUCGCGAGUUAUUGAGCAACGAACUUUCGCCCGCGAAAGUAGACGAACUUACGGCGCGCGUGCGAGGGAAGUUUCGACGUCCGAGCGACGUGCGGUUGCCCGCCGCGAUUACAAACGUGUCGGCGUUGACGGAUGUGGAUGACUUGUACGUCGGUCUACUCUCGGGAGAUCUACGAGAUAAAAUGACGGCCGCGCACGAAAAUAUGUGCGCGACUGAAAAUUUGAAAGAUGAGUUAUCCAUGCUCAAGGAUGCAUCGCUCGCGAGCAGUGUUCAUGAUUCCGACAUGAAUGGCGAACCCGUCGAAAACGAGUCGCAGCGUGAGCGACACUCGAGUGAUGACAGGAACUCACCCGAAUCUAUUCUCAAAACGAGUGAGCUGAAUUCAAUCUUUGCCAAAGUGGUGUCGAUUGAGACGCACGCGAAUGCGCUCACAGAGCAUGGCGAUAAAGUGUUGACGUGCGUGAAACAAAUCGUUUUGCGACCGUUGCGCGCCAUUCUGGAGUCGCGACUGAAAUCAUUUUGCGAAGAGAUUCGCUUUCUUCAAGGUGAAUUCGCGACAAAAGUCAUCACACUUCGCAACACUAUGGAUCAACAGUUGGAAAUGGCGCCAGAUUUGAGCGUGUUUCUCGCUUCGCAAUCGUACAACAGAUCGAUGUGGCCGCUUUGGACAGAGUCAAUUUUUGAGGUCACAAUCGAACAGGCGGAAAUUGUCCUCGAGUCCCUCGAACAAAUCCGUGCUGAACUCGCGUGGAUGGUGAGCGUGCUCGUCGGUGAGCGUAAAAAAAGUGUCACACCGAAAAUAUCCCGAGCAGAUGGUUGGGAAGACCUCGGAGAGGACACAAACGCGGAGGCUUCAAUCACCGCCGAACCGGACGAGGAAUAUCUCGCCGCGUCUUUUCAGUCUCAUAAGAACGAGACGGAGAAUAGGUUGAACGAAAUUAGAAUCAUGGUGAAGCGCACGCACACGGAAGCGAUCGAAGACUUGCCGAGGUUGAGGCAAAAUUUAAGCGCGACUACGGCAAAACUCAAGGACGAAUUAUCCGCGGAGGAGGACGCGGUGAACGAUUGGGCGGCGAACGCGGAGAGCCGCAACAAGAUAAAGCAGGAAUCAACGGAGAAAAAGCUCGAGCAGGUCUCACGCGAACUUAUGAAGGCGUAUGAUAAGUCGCAUAUUGCCAUUGAUGACGCGUUGGCGGCGAGCGAUAGCGAGACUGGCAGUGUGAGCGCAAAAGACGGCUUGGAGCAAUCGCACGCGGAUGAAGAAAGACGUCUUCGAGCGGCUUUGCAAAGCGUCAAGACGCUCGAAUCGGUUCUGAGUCGACGCUCGAACGCGCUGGAGCGUGAGAAGCAAACAUCACAAAGCGUGCGGGCGAUAUCUUCGCGCACGUUAUCUCAGACCAACGCGUCGUUAUUGCUCGUCUUUGAAGCGGGCGAGUGGUUGGAGCACGAGCUCGUCGCACGGGGCUCAAAGGAUUUCGUCGACGAUUUUGAGCGACUCGCCGACAUCAUCGAAGAAUUGAGUGCGAGCGCGAGAAAUUCUUGCGUGAGAAUCCUUCGUGAGUGGUCAUCGUUCGUUCGCAAAAUCACGAGCCAGGUCGUUCUGGAGUACGUCAGCAUCAUCGACUCGUCCGCACAGGCGCUCAGCGACACGCAAGCCGCACUCGCCGCAUCGACGAGUCGGCUAGACGCGAGCUCUUCGCUCUCUACAUCACCUGGAUCAAUACGUGAGCUAAAUCCAUCGCACGCAUCGCCGAUGUCGGGCAACUCUCUCCGCUCGCUGACGAGUCAGAUGGAAAAACUAACCGACAUCGCCGGAUCCAAGCUCGGCAGCUUUGGCAAUCGUCUGCGCAGUUUUGCCUCGCCGACGCCGUCAAAGGCUUCGAUGAAUCAAAACGCGCCAAAUGAUGUUGAAACGGUCUCGUCAACGAGCCCUGGUAACGACGCGUCAUCGACGAAUUCGAAAUUCUCCAGGCUGGCUGCCUCCGCGCGCGAGGACGGCGCCAGACUGGAAUCGCGCAAAGCGCAGUUGCUCGCGAAGAAGCGCUGGCUGCGCGAGCACCUCGUCGCGAGAGGUGAAGCUUAG